ACUGUAUGCAGCACUCAAAAAAAUAAUUUGCUUGAAUACGACGGGCGAUUCCAUUAUUUUCAUGAGGGUAUGAGCACUCCGGGAUACAACAGGCGAUUCCAUUAUUUUCUUGGGGUAUGUUGCAGCUUUCCCCGACGGAAAGGGUGAUGGGGGUGGAAUGGCUUCUCAUGCUUCAGACAGAUACAAUUAUUAGCAAUGUUGAGAAAGUGCAAGAUGUUUGCCAGUUGGGAGAUUCUGUAUGUGGACUCAUUUAUGUAUCUUAUGCUCUAUAUUAGUUAGAGUUCACAGUUUGCAUUUCGGUUGGAGCAAAGCAAUUCCAUUCAAUUGCUUUGAUUUGAGCGAUGUUUUAACUUUUAUAUAUUUUUUUCUUUAGAGAGGCAACUGACCGAGUAUGGGGUGUAAAAUUGGUUUCUCGUAAAAUGUUGUCUGUAGCUUCUACAAAAUAAUGAUGAUCUCAAUUAACUAUUGUUACUAGACGACACUGGAACAGAAUUAAAGUUCGACCUCAGAUAAAUUAGACCUUUUGAGCUCUAUUGUGUAAGAUAACCGACCUUUUUGGCAGCGGUUGUUAAAAACGCAUGGUUAGGCAUAUUCUGCCCCACCAUGACAAAAGGAAGCAAUUGUUGUUUGCAUUGCAUUGAGUAAUUAAGGAAUAUGGAGCAUGUUGAUUUUGUCCCCUGCUUCCUUUUCUGGUGGUUUUUACUGUAUUUUUAGUCUCUUACUUCCUUUUUGUGUUGCUAAUUACUUGUUAAUUAGUGGGAUUUGAGCAUACUCAAAUAUAUCAAUAUGUUCCAAAUUAUUUGUUCGUUGAUAGCGACUAAAAAACUUGUUUUUUUGAAAAAUUGUCAGUUACUUCCUUUUGUCAUGGUGGGGCAGUAUUAUUUUUUGCACAAAAGAUCCGGUCAGAACCAUUUCAAUAAAGUACUGACAACUUCGUGUCGCUCGAUCACUUUCAAUAACACUCCCUUUGACAUUAUAUGGCUUUCAUCUUAAGAACUUUUACGGGUUUUUUUCCAUUGACCCAAACUGCGACACUGUACAAGUCUUACCGUCUCCUUUGAUUUCGAAACUAAUCCUCAUAGCAAAGUUGUCUCAGCAUUAACCAACGCAUAAAAGGACGGAAAAACUAGUGCAGUUACUUCCUUUUGUCAUGGUGGGGCAGUGUAGACAUCCCACAGAAGGCAUUUUCGUUGUUCUGAGAGUGCUUUUUCCUAGACGGAGGUGAGGUGACGAAUAUAUCAUCGCUUGGCCAUUGAUCCUUCAUUCCACUGUUGUAACCAGCUUGCCAAAAAAACCUAGUGGUUUUGCGUUUUUUUUUUUUAACGCCCGCUAUAUCAUAAACCAGAGGUUGAGCGAACGAAUCACUCAGUUGAUGCCAUAAUUACCUCGGCCAAGGAGGAUGUAUUCACCCCUCUCUGUCUGUCUGUCUGUCUUUUAGCAAUAUUACGCAAAACCUAAGGAAUGGAUCACCAUAAAAUUUUGUGGAAAGGUUUAUCACGAUGCUGUCUUAUAACGAUGCCAAGCAGUUUCUUGAAAAGAUUCUUCAAAUCGAGGAUUUUGAGACGAAGUUCCGAGAAAACAAACUGGAACUUUUACGAGACAUUCUCCGCCGGUAUAUUCACGCCGAACCGUUUCAAGGAAUCUCAAUCAUGAGUACAAAACCAGAAGACCGCCAUCUAUUGACAUUUGAAGAAAUCAAACAGGAUAUGUUUGCAAGAAGAGGUGGUCUCUGCUAUGCGAACAAUCGAUUUAUUAACGUUUUACUAAACACAAUUGGUUAUGAUGUAUACCAUAUCGGUUGCACUGUUUUAAAUAAUCACAACAACCAUUUAAGUAAUAUAGCUCGCGAUCUUACAAAACCAGGAGACCUGCAUCUAGUUGAUGCCGGCAUGGCAUUUCCUUCUUGGGAUCCGAUACCUCUAGACUUUGAAGAUGAAUCCCCUGUUUACCACGUAGGAUUUCUCUAUUUUAAAUUUGUUCGUAAAGAUAACACCAUACUACGAUUACAUAAACACGAUAAGCAGUAUGAGUUCCCCAUCAACAUCGACAGCAAAGCAUGGCAUCAAUUUUGGGAGAUGACAACGGAGCCCCUUGCUAUAGAAAGUUUUCAUCCGAAGAUGACCGAUAUUUACACGAUACCUGGCGCACACGAGGUUCCCUUUCUCGAACACCUAACAUGUGUCGCGUUUGCUGAAGACAAAUUAAUAGCGAUCAAAGAUUCCACAUUUUUGUUCGAGAAUAAUGAUCAUCAAUUGGAAGUGAGAGACAUAAAUACGCGCGCUGAACUUGUUUCGACUUUCUCAGCUUACUUCCCUCAAUUCCCAAUGGACAUAUUUGAGGCUGCUAUUGACGUUGCAGUCUCUAAAAUUUGACAAAAACAAUUUUGAAGAUAAAACCUUGCAAUAACAUACAUAUGCAUAUAUAUUCAAAUUAAGUUUUUGCUGCUUAGAGGGAAAACAGAUAUAGUGCAUAGAUGAAAUAAAUAAUAAUACAGUGUGCUCAAAUACCAUAAAACCUCGUAUUGAAGCCCAAUGGGCUUAAUCUCGAGAAGAAGCCCAUCCCGAAUUGAAGCCCCUCUAUAGUUUGCAAAAUUAGCCUCCAAAAGAAGUCCAUGGGCUUCUUUUGAAGAUAGCAUAGACUUCGUUUUGAGACAGUACAGUACAACAAUGUACAUGAAUUUCAAAGAAACAAAAUAAAUUCAAAACACGCUUGGUUUAUACAGUGGUUUAGGUAAUAGUCCCAGAGCUUCAAAUCGAGGUUUUAUGGUUGUAUGUAGUGUAAUAGUAUUAAGGUUCAAUGGUAUUAACUUGCAUAACCAUUGGAAUCGACCCUUCACCUGAUAAAUGCCUUAAAUUGGUUUGACAGUUUUAAUGUCAACUUGAGUAUACAGAUAAUCUAAUAAUAUAA